GUUUGCCAAGCUAACGUUGUUUCUGCGUUCUAAACAAACCAAACAUAUAUACUCUCUCUCUCUCUCUCUCUGUGUACUCUCUCCCAUGGCGUCCACCCGUGAGGGCCACUACAGAGGAGUGAGAAAGCGGCCAUGGGGCCGUUACGCCGCCGAGAUACGCGACCCGUGGAAGAAAACCCGUGUAUGGUUGGGCACUUUCGACACACCAGAGGAAGCUGCGUUAGCCUACGAUGGAGCCGCCAGGUCUCUCCGGGGCGCCAAGGCAAAAACCAAUUUCCCUCCGCCGCCGUCUGUGGCGGCGCCUCCUGUUCUCACGCUCGAUCUAAACCUCCCGACGGACAACACCAGUAACCACCACCACCGCCGCUGCUGGCCGCCACCAUCCGGCCGCAUCAUGAUCGGGGAGUUUCUCCAGACCGGAGUCCUCAAGGACGUCGCCUUGAACGUCGUCCCUCCUGACGUCGUCAAUGUCGCUCCUCCCUCUGCCUCUCCGCCGUCCGACACCGGCGGCGCUGCAAGCUUCUUCUCUAUCGUCAGACGCGGGCUGCCUAUCGACUUGAACGAGCCGCCGCCGUUGUGGAUGUGAACUUUUUCUUACAUAAAGCCUACCCUUUUGAGAGCCACUCCGGUGAUCUUACUCUUAACACUUCGUAUGAUUCUCUAACUCCAUUUUCAUGUUCAGGGAGACUGGAGUUUUCUGGAGAUAUUAUAUCUCUUCUUUAUGCGGAUAAAUUUCUUGUAUAUAUUUUUCUUAUAAUCAUGAAUAUUAAUCUGCCCAGAUCUUUUUAGACAAU